CACGAGUAGGGUAGGAUAAAAAAAUCUUUGUCCGGGGUAUGAAGAUGAUCCAGUCUCAAAUUAAAUUAUCACGCAAUACUUUAGGAUAAUAUGGAUCAUCAAGAAACAGCCAUGUUGAUAUUGCCAAUAAUUCACGAUUACUCGUAAUUGAACAUUGUAAAAUUACGAAUUAGAGAUAUAAGAAAUCUAUUGUUUGUCAAAAUCAAUUAAUCAAUCAUGGAUGACUACAUUAAAUUUAACAACCAAACGGCCGGCAGAGACAAGAUUUUCAGAUUGAUUCAGUACUGCAGCAGAAUUGUGUGGUAUAAUUUGGACAAACGAGGAAUGAGUGUGAAUGGUGUUCAAAAAGCGAAAAAACUGGAUGAAACACUGGGUUUAAUGCGCCGAUUGUUGAGAUUUGGGAGAGUAUUUGACACGCUACACAGCGCUCUUCCAGUAAUGUCAACAAUAGACGACCAAGUUAUCCGACUAACAUCUGCUUUGUCUCGGAUAUCGAGUGCCUGUUUCAUGGCAAUUGACCACAUUGUUUGCCUACAUAAACUAGGACUAAUCCACAAAAAUUGCAUCGACGCUCCAGGCUGGGACAAAACAGGGACGCGCUUUUGGCUAUACUCCAUUGUGAUGGGACUUGUUCGAGACGUUUAUGAGAUUAUGAAAGUUUACAAAGAGGCGUGCCAAAUGCGACGAAGAAAAAUCAAAGGCCACCACCAUAACUAUCAGCGCCACAGAAAUUCACACUCUGAUGAGGAUGAACAUUCCACUCGUGUAAUAAUAAAGGGCCUUCCAGCCAACCUAAACCUCACUCUUCAACAAUCCAUAAUUUCCGCACGAAUUAUAACCAAGUGUGUUUCGAAGCAUGCAGAUAUUACAAUAGACGUUGUAAAAAAUAUAUGCGACCUGUUCAUACCUCUUACGAUCUUGGGUUACAUUAGACUGAGCCCCGGCACGAUUGGAACCUUAGGAAUUGUGAGCACCAUUGCCAGUGCAAUACCUCAAAUUAACCCAAUGUUAAAAAUUACAUGGGGUUAGGUUAGGUCGUGCUAAAAAUUGUCACAGCUUGUUGAACCUUUGUGCAACUAAAUCACAAUAAGUCACUGUUAAAUCUAGUCGUAAUCUCGUAAUAUUGUCAUGAUUCUGACUUCAAAUCUUAAUAUCAAACUCCAAUAGAACUUACAUAUUAUAAAAUGCGUUUUAAUUAAUUAAUUUGUUGUCUUGUCUUUAAUUCUCUGUAAUAAACGUAAAACGUAACUACUUUCUACUCUUCAAUAAAUUAGCUGUCAAACUA